AUGUUGCGGACGCUAAGUGAAGACAUGCGAGAGGAGCGUGAAGAGUUGAAGGAAGCUGCCGAACAGACCCUGAACAUUAUUGUGAAUCUCGACUUGGAGGGCCGCAUCAAGUGGGUGAGCCCAUCGUGGAGACAGGUCGUCGGGUCGGCGCCCGAGUCAGUCGAAGGCCGCAUGAUCUCGGAGAUUCUAGUUGGAAACAAGGAUGUCUUUCGCGACGCUAUCGGAGCGAUGAAGGAGGAUGACUCGCGUAGUCGGUUCAUCCGCUUCUCGGUGCAGAUGGGGCCGGACUCGGUCCUCAAGUACGCGCCUGAAUCGCGGCCGACCGAGUCGGAGAAUGUUACGGAGCAAGAAAAGGCCACAGAGGAGAAGUCGGCCGAUGAGAAGACGGAGCCUUCGCAGGCCGAAGGCGAGGAUAAUCGUGAUGUGCUCACCAUGGAGGGUCAAGGCAUCAUGGUGUACGAUCAGACGGACGACGAGGCUGGACAUUCUAUGUGGAUGCUCCGACCGUUUACCCAACCCCGCGAAGUGACCAUCGACCUUCCACCUCUGCUCGUGGAGUCAUUAGGCGUCGGCGCAGAGGUGCUAGCGAACUACCUGACCGAGCUGGCGGAGGCCGCAGCCAACGAACCCGAUCCUUCCAAACACCCUGCUCCCAUUCCAGUGCUGUGUCGCAUUUGCGAACGCCAAAUCACCCCGUGGUGGUUCGAGAAACACUCCGAUCUCUGUCUGCAGGAACAUCGGGCUGAGAUGGACGUUCAGACCGCGCAGGAAAAUCUCAAUGAACAUCGCCAUGCGAUUGUGAAAGUGCUGGAUGCCUUGGAGGCUCGUCAAGGCCGGCCUUUAAUCGGCAGCGAUCAUUUCACGUUGCCCACCCAGCCGGAGUAUAAGGGCUUGCCCAUCGGUCCGUCGCCUGCCAGCUCUGCACCAUCAUCAGAUCCGGUCUCAGGCGUGAACUCAGCCCCAGGAACACCGCCUCGCUCCCGUGAUCAUUCAGCCUCAGGUAUAAGUCCAGCACGACCCCGGGCAUUCACUGUUCGGCGGCCGCUGGCCCGCAUCGUGGAGCUGGUGCUCGAUCUCUGUGAUACCGCAUUAGAAAUCAGCAUGCCUAUGAUCAAGGAGUCACAGCGUCCGGAGAAUGCGGAGGACUUCAGGACCUUGUCUCCGCAGUCUGAAUCCCGAAUCUCCCAGGUGAUUCAGUGGCAGUCUCCUAGCUCCAACACAUUGGAACAGGAACGGGGCUUAGCCGCCUUGGCCUUUGAUACGGAACAAAUUGCAAAGGCCAAAGUCGAUGCUGUUGUGCGUCACCGCAAGAUUGUUGAAUAUGCAGAGCGCAUUCGAAUUGAAUAUACUGUCCUGGUGGAGGAGUGCAUCACAGCUGCUCUAAACAAGGCUGAGCGCAUAGCUGCUGGCCAGCUUAGUGAUUCCUCUUGCUCCUCCGACGAAGAGAUGUUGCAGGACGCUGCUUUUGCCAGCGAUGCAGAUGUCAGCACCACUGGCGACAAAGAGGAGUUCCCACACCAUCAAAGUCAAGAAUCUUUGGCAACGCAGCCACAGCGUGCAGCGCCAACUCCGCGCAAGCCGGCUACAUCGGCUCUCACAAUGUCUAUGCGCAACUCUCCUGAUCUUGCCCUUCUCGCCCAAGGGGAGAGUAGAUCAGCCUCUGUUGCGGUAUCCACUGGGUCUAACAGCCCUAUGGAAUGCCCCACCCCGCGGUCGCAUAAGAGUGCUGCUGGCUUAUUAGGCACCUCGCAACCCUCCCGGCGAGGUCUUUCACUGGCAGAUAUCGAUGCGGGCGAUAGUAGCGAUAGCAGCAUGCCGUCGUCUGUUUUUCCCGGAGCGAUGCGAACGGAUUCGCCUUCUUCUGAGAGGAGUUUCGACCGCAAGCGUAGAAGCCUGGUGCUUCCUGGACUAUCAAGUUCUCCUCGUCGACAGCCGUCUCCUGCUCGGGUCUCUGGCCCCCACUCCCCACUACGAAUGCCGAAACCCCGACUUUCCCAUGGCGCAGAAAGUCUCCCUUCGCCCAUCGUGUCUCCGUCCACAUACGCUAGCGAAUUGGCGCAUCAUUGCCGGCAUCACCGCCGCCAGUCCUCGGCAACAUCGUCAGACGUGGCAAAACCACCUCCAUCUCCACGUCUGCCCUCUGUCAGUCAGCAGCCUCGCCCCGCGCCGCCGUCGAUCAAAGACUUUGAGAUCAUCAAGCCGAUCAGUAAAGGUGCUUUCGGUAGUGUUUAUCUGUCCAAGAAAAAGUCCACCGGCGAAUACUUCGCCAUCAAGGUGCUAAAGAAAGCAGACAUGAUCGCGAAAAAUCAGGUCACCAACGUUAAAGCCGAACGAGCGAUUAUGAUGUGGCAAGGCGAAAGCGACUUUGUCGCCAAGCUCUAUUGGACAUUCUCGAGCAAGGAAUAUCUGUAUCUGGUCAUGGAGUAUCUGAAUGGAGGCGAUUGUGCCUCACUUGUCAAAAUCCUGGGUGGCCUCCCUGAAGAUUGGGCUAAGAAGUACAUUGCGGAGGUGGUUCUUGGAGUUGAGCACUUGCACAAUCGAGGGAUUGUUCAUCGCGACCUCAAACCGGAUAAUCUUCUGAUUGAUCAGUCGGGACACUUGAAAUUAACUGAUUUUGGUCUUUCCCGGAUGGGCCUCGUUGGCCGUCAGAAGCGUGUGUUGAAGAAUCCGAAUGAGCCAGCUCCUGAUCUCCUCAAGCAAGGCCCUUUCCCUCGGGCCAUGUCGAUUGCUUCUUCCCGUUCUGCGUCUUUUGACUUCCAAGCCGGUUCCUCUCCCGGCUCGACCCCGUUGAUCACGCCAGACACUGGGGCGAAUGCAAUGGCUCAGCCGUCUUACUUCAGUCUCAACCAGAGCGGCUUGAGUAGACAAAGCUCUCGUCGAGCGUCGGGCUAUCGCAGUGAUAGUGCUGGUAGUGAUAGCCUGAACGGCAUGUUUAGAACCUUUUCACUCAAUGACACUGGAAAUGAGGCCCCGGCACCUUCGCCCAGCAUGCUCUCUACGAGUUUGGCCGAAGAAGAAGAAACGCACAGUGAGGCAGGCGAAUCUCCUCAUCUUUACCUUCUACAGCCAACAUUCAGCAACCCAAUGUUGCACAACACACCGCCGCAGCAGAGCAUGCUUCCACCCGUGAUGGCACUUUUCGACCCCGAGGACCAUGACCGCCGCUUCGUCGGAACCCCAGACUACCUGGCCCCCGAGACUAUCAAUGGUGUCGGGCAGGAUGAAAUUAGUGAUUGGUGGUCCUUGGGUUGUAUCAUGUUUGAGUUCAUCUUUGGGUACCCACCGUUCAAUGCCCCAACCCCUGACGAAGUCUUUGAGAACAUCCUGCAAAGAAACAUCAACUGGCCCGAUGAUCCACAGGAGUAUACUAGCCCCGAAUCAUUGGAUCUCAUGAAUCGGCUUAUGACUUUGAAUCCGCGUGAGCGCAUUGGAGCCAAUGUGGAGGAAAAGUUCCCCAAUGGCGGCGCGGAGAUUCGUAAUCACCCCUGGUUCGCUGAUAUCAAUUGGGAUACCCUGUUGGAAGAUAAGGCAGAGUUUGUUCCCAACCUCGAGAAUCCCGAAGAUACGGAGUACUUUGAUGCUCGUGGUGCGACUCUCCAAGCCUUUGCGGAGGAAAUGGAGGAUGAGACUUCACCCCAGCCGCCAUCAACUUCCGAGUCUUAUCCCGAUCGACCCCACGAUGCGCUCUUCAAGGUGCGUUCGCAAGUCAAUUCAAUGAAACGCCCCUUAAUGCCGCUGCACAUUCCGCCCCAUGUUCGCGAUGCUCGGGAUUCGCGAAGCAGGAGAUUGAGUGAGCCAGCAAUGGCCGAUGACUUCGGCAGUUUCAAUUUCAAGAACCUACCCAUGCUUGAGAAGGCGAAUAAGGAUGUCAUUCAGAAGAUGCGCCAGGAGGCCAUGCAGGUCCAGCACCGUCAAUCCACGUCAUCAUCAUCGGCUGGCCAAGCCCCUUUGACUUCCUCCCAGCCCUCUCUAGAGGGGAGCCCGCUGCCUAUGUCACUGCAGCGUACUUUGUCACAGAGCAAGGGCAACAAUCGGCCUUCCUCCCCGUCGAGUCUAAGCCAGGCCAAUUCAUCGCCGAGCCGUCCUUCUCAGCCGUCUUCGCCCUUGCUUGUUCAGUUCAGCACUGGCACGAACCACGAAAGACGGAAGACUUCUGGGUCUUCUUCGGCUGCGUCACACCAGUCAAGUGGUACCUUCCAACCCUCUUCCGCUGAGCAAGGGCGAAUGCCAAAUCUCCGUCUCGGCUCGGUCGCCUCAUCCCCUGUCAAGGCCAACCGAAUGCCGGCCCAUUCACCUGAUAAACAUCCUUCCAGCCAGCGGCAUGGAAGUGCACCAGCGAGCCGAGCUCGGUCACAGACAAUCGGAUCGCAAGACGGAGGAGAUUUUCCUGGGCUGGCCAAGGAGACUUUCGUUCCGUCCCACCACAAGCGUCGCAGUCAGCUCUUUGAUAUUUCGCCUUCAUCUUCUGACAACGAGGACCCUCGAACCAAGGCAUUGCUCAAGGUCCAGCGCCGCCGCCAAAGCUCUCGACGCCUUUCGCAGUUCAGUAUGCAAGAUGGUCCAUUCUUCCGCCCACUCGACGUUCUGAUUUGUGAAGAUCACCCUGUUUCGCGUUUGGUGAUGGAGCGCCUCUUUGAAAGGCUUCGUUGCCGGACCAUCACUGUCACUAAUGGUGCCGAGGCCAUGCGAUAUGCCCUUAGCGAAGUACAAUUCGACAUCAUCCUGACUGAAUACAAGCUACCCCAAGUCAACGGCGCCGACUUUGCGCGGAUGGUGCGGGAGACUCGUAGUGCCAACAGACAUACCCCCAUCAUCGCUGUGACUGGCUACCUAAAGGACCUCCCGGAGACCCAUUACUUCGACGCACUCAUCGAAAAACCUCCAACACUGUCGAAGCUCACGGAGGCACUUUGCAAGUGGUGCAUGUGGAAGCCGCCACCAAAGGACUACAACCCUUCCUCUCAGCCUCUUUCCGUGCCGAUGAAUUCUGGUCGGAUAAAUUCGUUGGCGAAUGAUGACAGCCCGAGCUCGGCGUCAUCUGGUUUUGUUCCGAACCCACCUAGCUCGUACCGGGGUUCCAGUCGUGAUGACUCGGUGAGCAGCAGUGUUUUCGGUGACAUGGAGUCCAUCAAGCCGGACGAAGUCCCGGUGAUCAUCAGCCGCACCAACGAUGACUGGGAUCAAGGCCCAGGCGGGCUUGGUAUCUCGGAAGAUGCGCAUCCCGGCAGCCCUGAUCCCAAGGCCGUCCCAGUCCCGCAUCUCUUACACGCCAUGUCGGCACCUGCGGCCAUGGAUGGGAGUGGCACGCUGACCCCGCGGAAACAACGCUCCAGUGAGGCCAUCCGCGCCAAGCGGAAGUCUUUGGAAAACAAGCGAUACGAGUGUGCUGAGUCUGGCGAUGACGAGGAUGAAGAGCUUGGCAAUUCUCAAACUCGCCGCAGUCCACCAGCUCGUAGUCGUCGUCCUGGCUCCAAGUUGGGCAUCGAAAUGAUGCGCACUAACAGCCGUGGUAGCGUUGUUAGUGGCAGCGAAGAACUACUUAAGAAGGAACGCGAGGCUCUGCGUAAGGCUGGUGAGUCUGACACCGACGAGGGACCUUUGGGAUCUCCUGCAAGCAUGAGUCUCGAAGACCGCUUCGAGGGCAUGAGUAUCCCCGAAGAAUCCGAGUACGACGAGCCCCUCAGCCCUAGAGACUCGCCUCCUGGGAACAAAUUGCUAUCCCCUCCUCGAUGUCGGCCUUCUCUCACGCAUCAAGAUACCUCAAUAUACUCUGGGUCUACCUCCCACCCUUCUGUUUCAAAAGCCAGCUCUGAAAGCUUGGAACAAAGCCAGACCACGCCUCCACGGGACUUCUCCAAGGGGGCCAAUCCCGGCCUGGGUGUCACUCCGAUCACCCCGGAGCUCAAGGUCCCGGACGAUAUGUUAAGUACUGAGAGUAGCUCAGGCGUGGAUACCGAUACAAGCCCGACGCCGGAUGCUGAAGCUACCCCGCGUCCGCUGCACCCGUCCCCGCCCCUGGACGCUGAGGCAACACCCCGUGCUCCGGGGCGAUAUCGCUCAGAUAGGUCUUUCUUCAAACGAUAG